CAGGCAGGGAUGGACAGAGACCCAGAGAGAAGGGAACAGAGACCCAGAAAAGGGAGGACGAGAGACUGAGGCAGGGGACAGGGAGGGAUGCAGAGAUGGCAGAGCUUAGCAGGCAGUGAGGUCAGAGUGUCUGUGAGGUCGGCUGCUGUCCAGGGUUGGCCUGGGGAAGCGGGGACAGAGAGGGAUGCAGAGAUGGCAGAGCUUAGCAGGCAGUGAGGUCAGAGUGUCUGUGAGGUCGGCUGCUGUCCAGGGUUGGCCUGGGGUCCUGGUGCCCAGAGUAAGGGGUACAAGGAGCUCAAGAGUCCCUGUGGGAGUCCCAUAAGGAGCCAUGGAGACCUGGGAGGGACUACCCAGCGUGUCCUUGGUGCCCACAAACUCCAAGGCCCCUCAGGCGAAGAUGUCGGCCCAGGACAGCUGCCUCAGCCUCAUCAAGUACCUCCUCUUCGUUUUCAACCUCUUCUUCUUCGUCCUAGGCAGCCUUAUCUUCUGCUUUGGCAUCUGGAUACUCAUUGACAAGACCAGCUUCGUGUCCUUUGUAGGCUUGUCCUUCGUGCCCCUGCAGAUCUGGUCCAAAGCCCUGGCCACCUCAGGAAUUCUCACCAUGGGCCUUGCCCUCCUGGGCUGUGUGGGGGCCCUGAAGGAGCUCCGCUGCCUCCUGGGCCUGUAUUUUGGGAUACUGCUGCUCCUGUUUGCCACGCAGAUCACCCUGGGAAUCCUUAUCUCCACUCAGCGGAUGCGGCUGGAACGGAGGGUGAAGGACAUCGUGAUGGAGACAAUCCAAAACUACCGCUCGCGUCCGGAGGAGUCGGUGGCGGAGGAGAGUUGGGACUACGUGCAGUUCCAGCUGCGCUGCUGCGGCUGGAACUCUCCUCGGGACUGGUUCAAUAUCCCCAGCCUCAUCAGCAACGAGUCGGAGGUGCAUCGCGUGCCCUGCUCCUGCUAUAAUUCAUCAGCGACCAAUGACUCCGCAGUCUUCGAUAAGCUCUCCUUCACCCAGUUCAGCCGGCUCGGACCACUGGCGCGGCCCCGGCACAGUACAGACCUUUGCGUGGUUCCUGCAAACAGCAAUAUCUACAGCGAGGGCUGCGCGCGGAGCCUCCAAAAGUGGUUGCACAACAACCUCAUCUCCAUAGUGGGCAUUUGUCUGGGCGUCGGUCUACUUGAGCUCAGCUUCAUGACGCUCUCGAUAUUCCUGUGCAGAAACCUGGAUCAAGUCUACGACCGGCUCGCUCGGUACCGCUAGGCCCCCGCCCCUUCCCAAAGCCCCGCCCCAUCCCCUUCAAGUGCCCUAGGGGCUUCCCUGUGGUCUGUAAAUAUUUGUUCAAUCCCCAGUUCGCCCCAACCAUUGAGUCCUCCACCUCCUCAUUUCCCCGGGGGGACCCAGAUGUCUGCCUGCCCAGCUGCUGUCACUUCUCCCGCGGGACCUGGGGCUUCCGGCCACCAGCUUCCUGCCCCCAAAGAUACCUCGUUUCCUUGCCUCAUCUUUCGGCUUACCACCUCCCACAGGAUUAUUUUCGCCCAAACCCCAAAUAAAUCCCUUGCGUUUUG